CCCACUGAUGGGAGGAAGAGCAGCAGGAGGAGGAGGAGGAGGAGAAGGAGGAGGAGAGUUUACCGCCUCCCUCUACACCCACUGAGGGAGGAAGAGGAGGAGGACAGUUCACCGCCUCCCUCUACACCCACUGAGGGAGGAAGAGGAGGAGGAGAGUUCACCGCCUCCCUCUACACCCACUGAGGGAGGAAGAGGAGGAGGAGGAGGAGCAGAAGGGACUCUGUGUUCAAUGCCUCCCUCUAAACUCACUGAUGGAGGAGGAGGAGUGGAGAAGCAGAGGAGGAAGAGAGGAGAGGGCCCAUUGUUUUCAGUGCCACCCUCCACACUCCCAGUGGAGGAGGAGGAGGAGGAGGAGGAGGGACUUUGUGUUCACCGCCUCCCACUACACCGUCUGUUGAGAGUGAGGCACAUGUGGGAGGAUCGGAGAAGGCGGAGGGCAAGGAGGAGAGAGUGUGUGUGGGGGGGUUUGUGUGUGGGUGGCUGGGUGUGCGUGUCUAUGUGUGGGUGUAUGUAUGUGUGUCUGUGUGUGUUGGUGUGUGGGUGUUGUGCCCGAGAAAGAGAGAGAAUAUGUUUGUGUUGAAUGGAGGCUUGUGUAGUUAUCUGAGAGGAAUGCUAGCUAGCGGAAGCAGUCUGUGCCUAUUAAAAGUGCUGUUUACAUUGUCAGUCUGUCCUCAAACCCUGAAACUGUAAAGGGAAACGCUCUUAAGACAACCAACCAAAGCUGCUUUUUUUUUUUCCUUUAUAUAACCAGGUGAAAUCCCAUUGUUCUCUUUCACAAGGGGGCCCUGGAAAAUGAAAUGUUGAUUGUAAUUUAUAACCAUAAAAUCCACUGCUUUCAAAACGCACGGUCCUGUCUGCCUUGUCCUCCCCAUCCAGUCAUAACUGUUUCAUCCAUUCAGUGUGUUAUGGUGUAGUUGGCCGUUAUUAUACUAACAACAGAUACAGCAGCCCUGUUGUUCUUCACUUGGCAGCCUGUCAUGAAUCAAACGACCAGAAGAAGAUCUAUGACAGAGGCUAAAUCCUAAAUCAUUAGUUCAUCAAAUAACACCACCCCGACUGUCAAUCUAAAUUGAUCUCCUUAUUAGUCCUCGUUUCCUGUCGGCCCGUGGUGCCUGUCGCUUUAAGACGCAGCGUCUCAUUAAUUCAGUGUAAUAACGCCACACGGUGGAGAAGCCAGUCUCUGCGGUGGAUCACAUCCAUGGGCUGUGGAUGAGCCAGCGACGGGAAUAUCAAGAAAGGACGAAACACAACCACCUCGCUUAUUAAAACAACCUCUUUUGAUUCUGAGACAUACAAACGGAGAGAGCGCAUUUGGAGAUCUGAUCACGGCGGCUGGCAUGGGGACGUUUUGAAGAUGUCAUGUUUUUAAACAAAAGUCAGUAUUGUUGUGAGCUCUCGGUCCGCCUCUGGAGUUGGAUUGAAACACCGUUACGAGGGGAGAGUCGAUCACACUGCCGAGCAUGUCGUCAGAGAAACACGGUCUCGAUGACUCCGGCCGCCACCACAUGAUGCAGCCCCCCCCCUACCUGUCCAACGCCCCCGAGGCCACCGUCCUCCAGCUCUCCAACAUGUCCCAGCAGAACCCGGGGCCCCAGCCCAACUACCCCCCGCCCCACCCGGGCCCCGGCUCCGAGGGGGCCUACCUCCAGGAGACCCAGUUCCACUGCGGCCCCAUGGGGCCCGGGGGGGCCCCCCAGGGCUACGCCGUCCAGACCCAGGGCCCCGGGGGCUCCAUGCCCCACCCCCCGGUGGGGUACCUCCACCCGGGGUACCCCCUCCAGCUGCAGCCCUGCACCGCCUACGUCCCGGUCUACCCCAUGGCCUCGGGUCAGCCCUACAUGGCUGCGGCCCCCGGGGGCCACCCCCAGAUGACCCAGGGCCAGAACUACCCCAUGCCCCCGGGCAUCACCCUGAUGGACCGCCGGCCGCCCCACGACUACCUGCCCAUCGCCGUGCUCACCACCGUGUGCUGCUUCUGGCCCACCGGCAUCAUCGCCAUCAUCAAGGCUGUGCAGGUGCGUACCGCCAUCGCCCGGGGGGACAUGGUGACGGCGGAGAUCGCGUCCCGCGAGGCGCGUAACUUCUCCUUCAUCAGCCUUGCUGUGGGCAUCGCCUCCAUCGUGCUGUGCACCAUCCUGACCGUGGUCGUCAUCAUCGCCUCGCAGCACCAUGACGACGACUGGGAGCCCUAGGAGAAGAGACAAAGGAGCUCACAAGGGCGGGAAAACGCCUGGAAUAUUUACAGUUGGCCAGCAAACCGCUCAUUUGAGACCGGGCUAGGUAGAUAUUAUCAAUUUGGAGUUGGCUAAGCUAACUCCCGAUUGAGAGGAGCUAGCUAGUUUGUGUUAAUUCGGAGUCGGCAUGAAAAAAACGCCUGUUGAGACGAGCUAAUAGGCUAGUAUUAAAUUGGAACUUAGUUCUCAAACUACCAGUUGAGACUAGCUAGCUCUUCUUUAUUCAUUUGGAGUUAGUUUGCAAACUGCCAGUUGAGACUACCUAGCUAGAUAGUGUUUAUUUUUGAGUUAGCUCGCUAACCAUCGUUUGAGAAAAGCUAGCAAGCUAGCAUUAAUUCGGAGCUAGUUCACAAACCACCAGUUGAGACUCGCUAGCUAGUUUGCAUUAAUGUGUAUUUAGCUAGAUAACCCCACCCCUUUGAGACUACAUAGCUAGCUAGUGUCCCUAUGAGGUUAGCAAGGGAAACAGUGGGGAAACAAACAAGGUGCUUGUCAUGCACGCAUUUUAUUGCUACCGCUUACUGCUUCAAUUAGAGCGCAAUGUUCCCAACCAAACCUUAACCUAACCGCCAGGCAUCAAACAAACACUUGAAGAAGACCAAAAGCGACCAUUUACAGCACACCAUUUAAAUGUCAAGCACAGGCUUUUGUGCAACAGGACCUGGAAUUAGUAUUAACAUGGUUAAUGUUUGUUGAUUACAUUCAGUGUUGAAAAGAGAGGACAUCAAAGCAAAUCCAAGGCAUUAACUAUUUAUUUUUAAAUGCAUAAAUUCAUGAGCCUUUAGAUCACAGAAAAGCUCAUGGCUAUUUUUCUGUCCAGCCCUUUUGAGCACGAGUCACUAAAACAGUAUUGCUGUCAGUAGAAGCCCAACGUCCAGAGGGGAAGUUGUUGUUUUAAACCUCAACACCAGUUAACAAACAGAAAUGACAAUGGUACUGUAUUUAAUUCGGACUCCAAACAACGUGUCCGUUCUGAAUCGGCCCUGACUAUUUACAUAACAGUGGGAAUUAUUUCAUACAUGGUUAGAUAACAGACUGCCAAGUGAGAGAGUGUGGGAGAGGGAGCAAUGAAUCAAUAUAUAGACAAACAACCAAAUAGAGGACUGAACAAAGGGACUGUAUAAUAUAACCAAAUGUAUGUGUGCGUGCGUAUGUUUGUGUGUGUGUGUGUGUGUGUGUGUGUGUGUGUGUGUGUGUGUGUGUGUGUGUGUGUGUGUGUGUGUUUGUCUGUGCGAUGGGCCCACAUGUUGUGUGGACAACACCUCUCCCUGGCAUCGUACAUUGUGCAUUAUAAGUGUUUAAUUUAUUGAAGAGAAAUAUUGUAUUUAUUUAAUAUCUAGUGAUUCACUGGCAUUUCAGUCGGUGACUGGUCGCAGCUGUCCCCAUGCUUGAGAUGAACGUUUAGUAACAUUUGGCCAGUUACAAUUGGCACUCGCUCACUUUAUAGUUUUAGUGCAUGGUUGUGUUUUGCUGGUGUUGCAAUCAUUGGGCUUGAGUGCAAAACGCUUGAAAAAAAAGAAGUAUGCAUACUUAGUAUAUUUUUAUGCCGUUUUUCCAUUCACACUUCAACCAUGCCAUGUUGAUCAAAGAACUGUCAUGAUGGGACAACAUUCACUCAAAAAAAAGGUUUGAAUCCCAAAAUGGACUCAUGGACUGCUUGUUGCAGUGUGUGUGAAACAAAGCCUCUUGCUGUAGGAAAACAACUGACCUACACUUUCGGUUUUUGCACAUGACGCGUCUCCCCGUCCUACCCCAUGGAUAUGAGGUCACACCCGGUUAGCCAACAGACCCUGUGACUAAAGCGUUUGACACUCCACUUAGCAUGUCAACCUCGCUGUUUAUCCGAGCGUCCCCGAGUGUCAGCGGAGCGGAGUAGGAAACGACGACCAGGAUCCUCGCUCAACUUACAAACCAGUCGGAACCGGACACGGAUGGUCGAUCACCGAAGGAGCGCGGAGAUGAGGAGGAGUUGGCGGAGGAGGCCAUCGCGUCUGUGGAGCGUUAAGACCUCAAGUGGAGAAGCAAAUUGGCCGUCUCCAAGGCAACAGAGAUGGAGAGAUGGAGACGGAGAGAAGAGAGGGGUUGGAUGGAUGACCGUUAUUAAGCAGCACCCCCUCUCCUCACUCUCAAGGCUCUUCUGCGUUGGUCUCUCUCUCGUCCUCCACGGAGAAUCAGACCUAGUCACCCGCAUAUCCGUCCGUCUCUCUCGGCCCCUGAGUCCAACGAUAAUGAUAUUUUUUCAACACAAAAUAUAAAAGAGAGAGUUGGGUUUGUCAGCAGCGAAUGAAAAUUCUUAGUCGAAAGAUUAUUUUAAUAAUUUCAGAAAAAUCUAAAACAGUGUUUGUUAUCGUUAGCACUAUACCAACUACUGCUAUUAUUAUUAUAAUUAUGACGUGGUAUCGCUUUGCUUUUGAUAGAUUCUGUGAUUUUUUUGACGCCACCGUGGUGCCCACAAAAGAGUAAAGACGUGCACGAAAAUAACAGACGGUCCCUCGAUAAGUGUCCAAAAAAAGGACUUCUGAGUGUUGGUUUAUUUAGAGUCACUCUUAGAUGAUGGCUUAUCCUCUCGAGCUCUGCUGCAGCGAGGGGCUCGUCCGACGACGGGUCGGGGGGUGCGUGGUCGUCGUGCGUGACGUUGGAGCGGUAUAGAGUGGUAGAGCUUUUUAUAUCGCUUUGUUUUCAGCUUGCAAUUGAAACUGGACGCUCCGUCUUGGAAAUUA